UAGGAAAGCAGCGAGCUGGAAGUACGUACGUGGUGAUACAUGGCACCUUUGGGAGACGGCGAGGGCUUUUCUGUCUCGGAACCAGCAGCCUGAGUAAAGGUAUUUGCCAGUUCGACAUUCUGAAUCGGACUCGAUUAUUUUAGCGGGGAACUGGGGGAAAAAAAUAUGAUAAAAGCCUGAGGUUUUGGGAAGACGAACGAAGAGGGAAAACCUCGAAGUUUGCGAGCUUCGUCCACCACCUUUAUGGAAACGUAGAGUUCUCCCGCACAAGGAUGGUUUGGGGGUAGUUAUAUGGAGUCUGAGUUGGAACUGGGAGCCGUUUUCGAAAGGAUAAAGGCGGGAGAGCCACGGUGGGGAGAAACUUUCCCUUGUUGAAGAACAAGGCUGUCGGUUUGCUGUAGAGUAAUCUUUACGGACGGUCUGCGCGCACACACACGUUUUGUACAACCCAAGAUGCGCCUGUUGAGCACGUCGUGCGGAGAAAUCCGAGGGAGAGCACACAUGUCCGGAGUGGUGCCUUUUCUUCUUCUCCUCGCGGCCGUGCUGUCCUGCCACGGCUGUCCGGACAAGUGCUUGUGCGUCUCGCAAACGGUGAAAUGCCAAAACCAGGACUUGGACGCGAUUCCGCAUUCUUUGCCGGCCAAUACCAAGUUCCUGUUCGUCACGGGAAACUACAUCUCCCGUGUCGGGGUGGACUCUUUCCCGACCCGCCUGCAAAUGCUCACAGACCUCUAUCUCAGCGGAAACGAGGUGGAGUCCGUGGACGCAAUGGUGUUUGACAACUUGCCAAACCUCGUGCGGCUGGACCUGAGCAACAACAUAAUCCAAACUUUCAGCGAAAGGGCUUUCCCAGAGGACAACAAAGUGCAGCUCCUUAACCUCAGCAGGUCUUUCCACAACCACUCCUUCAUGGACUCGGUCCUGAGCGUCCUACAGAGCGGACACCUCCUCCAGCUGACGGUGCUGGACCUGUCCAACAACGACCUUGUGAUCCUCCCGGACGACAUAUUCAGAGAACUCCCCAACCUGGUCACCCUGAGCCUGCAGAACAGCUCCAUCCUCUCUGUUCAGAACGGGACGCUGAGGGCGCCGCCGCUGCGUGACCUGGACCUGAGGGACAACAGCCUGAGGGACCUGCCCUACGCCACCCUGGCGGAGCUCGGCCUCAAGCCCACCCUCCUCAUCCGGCUGGCGGGGAACCCCUGGCGCUGCGACUGCUUCUUCGAGGACACGCUGCUGUGGCUGAAGAACACCACCCAGGUCGUCGACGCGCAGAACCUGACCUGCGCCGAACCCAAGGCCCUGAGGCGCCAGCCGCUCCUGCAGGUGGAGCAGUCGCGGCUGAGGUGUCUGGGCGACAUGGAGGGCGUGCUGGAGACCUCGUACGUUUUCCUGGGGCUGGUGCUGGCGCUGAUCGGCAUCAUAUUCCUGCUGGUGCUCUACCUGAAUAGAAAGGGCAUCAAGCGGUGGAUUUACAACAUCCGGGACGCUUGUAGGGACCACAUGGAGGGGUACCAUUACAGGUAUGAGAUCAACUCUGACCCGCGUUUGGCCAACCUGAGCAUCAAUUCGGAUGUGUGAGCGAGGACGGG